AUGUCCAGCGCUCAAGCAAACGAGACGACUUCGCUCUUGCCAUCACGAAAUACCCAUCCCGAUACCAUCGCCGAGGAAACAGAGACAAUGAGCAGCCAGGCCUUUUGGAGAGUCGGUGCCAUCUUCGGCGCCACCGCCGUCGGUCUCGGAGCCUUCGGAGCCCACGGCCUGAAGAACCGCAUCUCUGAUCCCGCAAAGAUUGCCAGCUGGUCCACCGCCGCUCACUAUCAACUCGUCCAUUCCGUUGCCAUUCUCAUCGCUCGAUCCAACCCCCUCGCCGCCGGUCUUUUCACCGCUGGCGCGACCAUGUUCAGCGGUAGCAUCUACGCCCUUAUCCUCAACCCUGAUCUCAAGUUCCUCGGUCCCGUCACUCCAAUUGGUGGCCUUGCUCUGAUUGCUGGCUGGCUCGCCUUGGCUUUCACCAAGGGUCGCGUUCGUUUCUAA